ACCGACGCCAUCUAACGUCUGGCAUUCCUGUUUUUUUCGUGCGGGUAAAAUCACGGCUUUCUAUAGCGCGCAACGCAAGCCUUUAUCGUUUUUGUUUUGUAGAAUUUGCCAAGUUAAAUGGUAAUCAUUGAUAAAUCUACUAUGCCACGCGUAUACCGGAUGAAAUGUUAGCCGAGGAGAAACGUUCGUGUGCCGACGAAAGUAUGCGGGAAAAUGAGUUAACCGUGUGUUAAACGCGCAGUGGUCAACUAUCCAGUGGAAGUUUAGCAAAGGGAUAUAUAUCCGUACUCAGGACUUGAUAACGUCGAGUUUUUUAUAAGUAUUUAGAAAGACGUAUUUAAUCAGUGAAAAAUGAGUGCAUCGGCCUUGAAGUCAACGAUACCUGGAGUAGGUACCUCUCCAACAUCUACCAGUCAUUCUAUUCUCCCUAUGAAUGCAAUGGCACAGAAAGUAGUGUCAGGAUCAGAACCAGGAUCUAUGAAACCGUUACCAGCAACUGGAUUAAGUUACGUUACAUUACAACCACCCAGUCAGCCUUUGAGCUUGGUACAAGAUCAUAGACCCUCCGUCUAUCAAACGCCACCUUAUGCAAGCAGCAAUUCUGAAAAGGAAUCAGACUUGGAUAAAUUAAUACCAAACGGUGUAGAGAUUAUAAAAACAGAGACAGAGCAAACUAUGCCUGUUACUAUCAAGCAAAGUGAAUCUAACAGAAAUAAUAACUUAAGUCCAGACAAUGCUACGCAAGAUUCACAAAAGGAAAUCCAAGUAGAGCAAGAGAUGGUACCCACUAAUCUCGAAAUACCUGCUAUAUGUCAACAACUACAAAACAAAGUUGAAGAGAAGAAGUCUCCUGUAAAUAAUAGUUCGAAGGAAACUGAUUCAGUUCCAACUAACACGACGUUGCAAACAAAACUGACAUCACAUAAAGUGGAAGAAGUAUCGGUGAAAUCUGAGAGUCAGAAGUCAAAAGCCACAACUCAGAGCACGAAAGCUGCAGAUAGUCCUGCAGUGGUGCAAACAAAUAAUCCGCCGAAGGUUGAGACGAAGGUUACUGGUUCACCAAAAGCAAGUAAGAGGAAGUCCAGAGAAUUAAAAGAUUUGAAAGGAGUAUCAACAACUUCGGAUGGAGCGAGCAAGCCAAAAAGAAAUCGAAUCCAAACACAGCCCUAUCAGAGUCCAUUACCGGAAAUUGCACUACUCGUGAAAAAUUUAAACAAGCCUCCACCAUCAAAAGCUCCUGACGACAAACUUAUAGUGUUUUACAAAAAUGAAUUUUUGGCUGUGAGAAAUGCGGAAGGGAGCUUUUAUGUAUGUCAAGCAAUGCAGAAUAUAUACAAAUCAAGUAGGCGAAUUCGUAUACGUUGGCUUUCCCAAGAUAAAAACAAUGGCGAAAUAUAUUCUCCAGAUUUUUAUGAUUGCAUAGAUUUUGAUUGUAUAUUGACGAACCUGAAUUUGAACAAGAUUGAUAAAAACAAAUUUCAGUUAACAAAGAUAGAAUUAUUACGUACAGAAAAUAUUUUGAAAAGAGCAAUUGAUGUCGAGGCUGGUGUAUCUGAGAAACCUCGUGUGACGGAAGAACACCCAGAUGGACUUGACCUUUCACUUUACAAAGAUGAGUCACAGUUAAUGAAAAAACAAAGUCACAACUCGCACAAACAGAAGCAAAGUUUACGUAAGAAAUCAAAACGAAUUGAAAGCUCUUCCGAGGAUGACGGUACCGAGGACGAAUCGGGAAAGAAAUCACCAAAAUCGAGUCGUUCUAGAAAGCGAUCGGUUAAUAAAACAUUGGCAAUCGUAAAAUCUGUUGCGAAGGGAUCCAGUAGAGCAGAAAGAGCACUAAACAGAAAUACAAAAACUUCUGGUCCUGAAGCCGGUACAGCUACCAACACCACUGCGACUACUACUACUACCACCACAGUAGCCACGUCCGUCACGGCAACAGGCACAAGUAAAAGUAAUACUGAGGUUAAAAAAAAUGAGAAUAAAAAAAACGUGAAACAGCAGAAUAAUAACGACACGAGUGGAGUGCAAAGGACGAAACUGCGUGCAUCAGCACAGAACACGCAACAAAGUAACAAGACAGCAGGACGUCCAAAGCGUACGGCAGCGACCGCGGGUACUGCAUCGACCGAGGAACCAGCCCCACGAAAAAAGCCACGCGGGCGAGCAUAAAAUUAACGUAAUUUACAUGUAUUUCUUAUACUACAUUUAGCAAGGAAUCUGCACCGUAGGCAAUAUGUACACGUAGUACACUCUUUAAAAAUUGCGAUCGAUUUUUAAUGUAAUAUAUAUGAUCUCAAGAUUCUUAUAUCUCUAUCAGAUGCUGCAUUAUAUUAUAGUCCAACAAAUGUGGGAUCAAUGAUUUAUAUAAACUGCGCUACAAGUCGCAUUUAAACGGAAAAAAGACUCAGAGAAUUGUAAGAGUGAUUUGUGAUAUCAUAAAAAAAAAUGUACAUAUCGUCUACGUUUCAGAUUCUUACAGGUGAAAGAAAGUCACGUAACGCGUAUGAAGAACGGUACCUUGGUUGAGUAAUAACUAUCUACAGGGUGUCACAUGCUAACGCACUCUUGCAAUAGUCUAUUUUUGAUGUUGUGAAUGAACUGUACGUGAUUCAGUUGAGUUUAAUUGUACACUUUCCAUUGGAUAUUAUAGCUAUGUACAAAUAUAUAUGUCUGGGGCUUGUAAUGUACUCUAUUGGAGAGAUGAAGAAGAGCACAAAGGGGAAUAGAGUACUGGAGAACAAUCUGUGAAUUAUCGAUCUCUAAUGUAUGGAUCGGUAGAUUUAGAAGUACAAUAUCUGUACAUUAUGCUGAAUCCUUGCUGUUUAAAAACUACAAGUUGGUCCAGCGCCUAUAUUAAAGACAGGCAGAGAAGAAAAAAGUGCCCUCAAUUGUAAAUCCUUGUCCUGUUGUUGAAUCUAUAGAUUCAUGAGAAAAAAAAAGAAGAAAGAUGA